AUGGAGUCCACGCAGGGCGCUACCGGGCUCAUGUUCGGCCUCGAGACGUCGCGUCCGCGCGGCUCCGUCGCGUUCGAGGCGACGACGAACCACACCGCGAAGACGACCGCGCUGAUCCUCGCGUCCUCCCACGGCGCCGCGCUCGCGGCGGAGAUGGGGAGCGCGAACGGUGGGAAGCUCACCAAGAAGGCGCUGCUCCCCGUGCACGACGCGCUCGUCGUCGAGCACUGGCUGAACGCCAUCGCGCGAUGCGACGGCGCCAUCGCGAACGUCCUCAUCGCGCACAACAAGGACGACGCGGCCGCGUUCGAGGCGUGGGCGGCGUCGGGGGCGAUGCCAGCGAACGCUUCGCUCGUGUGCGCGGAGAACGCGGCGGCGUCGGACGCGGACGCGGACGCGCGAGGAGGGAUCGCGGCGGACCUCCUGCACGUCGCGGAGAGCGCGGCGCACGACCGCGCGAACCACCUCCUCGUCAUCGACGGCGAGCACGUCCCGGAGCCGGACUACGACCUGCGGAGCGUGCUCGACCACGCGCGCUCGCGAGGGAAGGACGUCUUCACGUUCGUGGACGUGGACUUUGGGGGAGAGGGCGCGACGCCGAGCGAGCACGUGUUGCUAAAGUUGAGAGACAACGGCGCCGGAGGCCGCGUGACGUUUCCCGAGGUGCUCGGCGCCGCGCCGUACCCGGACGCGAGCGCGUGGGACGGCAACACCGCGGCGUUGGGACCGGUGACGUUCUUGAGGAGAGGGACGACGCCGCUGGUGCGCGCGUUCUUCGACACGGUCGCGCCGUCGUUGCGAUGCGCCGCGAGCGAACGGUUCGGGCACUUGAUGUCGUACGUCCAGUGCAACGUCAUCGUGCACGCGCUCGAGAUGAAGCACGCGUUCAGCGUGAAGACGCUCGGGGCGUACGAGCACGCGUGCGACGUGUUCAAGUUUUACGCGGAAGAGAAGGAGAAGGCGUCCGCGAAAUUUGCGACGCUCAAGACGGGCGGCGUCGGCGCCGCACGCGACGACGCGCGCGCGAAAAUUUUGCGCGAAAAGAUUCACGCGCGGACGUCACGCGCGGGCGACUACCGCCUGCGCGCGGUCGCCGCGGAGGCGGACAUGGACGUCGUCCUGUCGAAAUACAACGCGAUGAAAGCGUCGGAGAAUAUGACGGAGUCGUUCGCGAAGCGGUUGGGCAUCCCCGGCGCGGUCCUCCCGCCUCGGUUCGCCGACGCGGCGGCGUGGAAGUUGGAGGUUCCGAAGCAGCACGCGUGUUACGCCACCUCCGCCAACGUCUACGGCGCGAAGCGCGUCACGCCCGCGGACAUGCCGAUGCGGUGGCACGGCGUGAAGGGGGAUUUCACGGACAGGUUCGGCGGGGCGAUGUACAAGGACGACGGGCUCGUCGUCGGCAUCGACAAGAGCAACGUGCACCGAGCGCUGGACGGGAUCAUCUGA